UGUGGGGACCCAAUGGAGCGAGAAAUCGUUAAGACCCGUCCAUACCUGGUAUACUAUAUAUAUACAGAAUGAAAUGUACAGUUCCUCAGUUUGAAACUUGCUUCCUUACUGAGUGCAUAUUUCUUUUGUAAAAAGACAGACAAAAAAGCAAUGGCAACGGAACGAAUAAAUUUUGCCUUGGCUUCUCUCCGAAAUGAAUUGAGAGAGCUAAGAUACCAGGAUGUCGCCAUUAUGAGGCAACUGUUAGGCAUCAACAAUACUCUUAACGAAAUGAAUAAAACCCAAAAGAAACAAAACCUUAACAGAAAAUCACAAACAACUUUUACAGAGAAGUCCAGAAUAAAUUCUGUUUUAUCAGAUUCCAACAACAGUCUCAGUUCUGUUAUUUCUGAAGACGAGAGCUGCGCUUCUACCACUUCCCGCCCACUGCCGACAGUUGCAAUGACGCUACCUGAAAACGAGGCUGAGCUUUCUAAGAGUCAAUACUACGGAAUCCUGAUGACGAACGUCAAACUGUGGAAGCUCUCUCAGAGUGACGAUUUCUCCUCAGAUUUCUCUGACCAGGAGGAGGAUGUGUGAGGAUUCAGAGACAUUCCGAAUGUUUAAUCGCGACUCUCCUCACGGGUCAAUAGGUUCUCAGUGCCAGUCGUAGAGAACCGAAUCUAGCCGCCAAGAGAUAGAAGCUUUAAUUAUGGGAUGGUGUAGCUGAUUGAGAGCUGUGUAAAGACAAUACUGAAAAGAAAAAAGACCUACAGAGAAAAUAUAUGAACUGUGUAGAGUAUAAAGCAGUUAACAGCAGAGAUAUCUGUCCUUAUCCUAUGCGGAAGCUUGGAAAAUGAUCUGCAGACUUUAGCUAUAUAUAGUCCCAUUGUAGUACCACAAAAAGUGCUGACUUUUUGUAUGCAUUUCUUUGUAACUU